AACUGUUGAUAGUAUGAUAUGUGCCUAUGGCAAAGGGAAGCUACCAUGCUUUCUUGGCCACCCCAAGACAGUUUUAGAUAUUAUGCCUGCAGAUUUGAUCAUCAAUUGUGUAGUCGCAGCCAUUGUGAUCAACUCAAAACAAGCUCCUAAAAACUUCAUCUACAAUGUUUCUUCCUCAUUAACAAAUCCUCUCAAAAUUUCUGAUGUACACAACAUUUCCCAUCAAUAUUUCAAGAAAAACCCUUGCCUAAACAAAAAUGGAAAGCCAAUAGUCAUCUCCAAAGGAAUUGCAUUGAAAAGUUUGGCUGCUUUCAACAUUUAUACAGAGAUCCAAUAUAUCCUGCCACUUAAGGCCUUAAACUUGGUGAACAAAAUGAGUUGUCAUUCCUACCAAGAUGUAUAUGAUGAUAAUUUCAAGAAAAUAAGAAUUGUGAAACAACUUGCAAAACUAUACAAAACUUACGUAUUUUUUAAGGCACUCUUUGAUGAUACCAACACUGAAAACUUACGAAGGGCAACAAAGUGCUAUAACAUGGAGAAUGAGAGACUAGAGUUUGACCCUUGCAGCAUUAAUUGGAAAGACUACAUGAUGAAUACACACAUUCCUGGUCUCGUCAAGUAUACAAUGAAAUAAUUUAAAUAAUUUUUAAAUUAACUACUAGUUCAAAAUGGUUGGAAAGUUUUCUUUAGAUCUUAUUAUUUGAAUGUUAUUAAAAAUAUGUUAUCUGUUAUUUCAUAAAUUUUAUUAUCCCAAUAUGGAUUUAGAGAUGUUGCUCUUUAGAGCUUGUUGUUUGAAAAUAUU